ACAAAAUUCCAGAGAAUCUCCGGGACUUCCCUCCUCCCCUUUGUAGGUCCUAUUUUUAAUCGUUUCCUCCUGCAUCUUUUAUGAUCAUCCAGAUCUUUUACAUCUCCAUUAUGUCCAAAAUUCACCUUUAAACUACAAGCCAGUAUUUUCAUUGCAGAUUUUAUUGCCAUUCUAUUUCCUCUGUGCUUGCGUUCUCCUGGUCUUCUGACUCCCACCCUAAAUUGCAAGGCAAAUCCAUGAGAGAUGGGCGUGUGUGCGUGGAGUCUGCCAGCCUCCGAUCGUCCUUAUAGGAGGAUGUUGGGCAGCCCUUGAGUAUCAUUGGUCAUUUGACACAGAUGCUAACUCUCCUGAGGCAGUGAAAGUCUUGGGAUGGAAAGUUUGCCCGAAAACCUUCUGUUGGAUAUCUUGUCUCUGGUUCCAGCAAGAGACCUCAUUUGCAAUUGCCGGCUGGUCUGCUCUCAGUGGCGGGACUUGGUAGACCUGCCAGUUCUCUGGAAGCGCAAGUUCCGGAAAAGGGACCACGACUCUUCUCCAAAGCCAUUGGCUUUCUACAUUUUCUCCCGCCUAAAGAAGAACUUAAUCAAGAAUCCUGAUGGCCAAGAUGGCCUGGACUCCUGGGAAAUCCAGACACCUGCCAAGGGCCACUGGGAAACUGAGGAACUGUCCAUAGAAGACUCAAAAAGCGUCAGUGAGAUGCUCAGCCCUUAUAAAAUGAGCAAUUUUGGGAGGAAUGUUGAAGAUGCUCCUGUUCAGCUCUACUGCUUUGCUGCACGUAAUGGGCCCUGCAGCAAGUCUCAGCUCAUCACCUUGAAAGACGAGGGCUACUGGGAUGAACUGAUGGAUGAAGCCAGACCCACGAUUGAGGUGAAGGACUGCUUUUCAAGUGGGUAUGAUUCAUGCUAUAUACUGACCGUGAAGCUGUUGUCUGCAGACUCUGAAGUCCUUAAAGAACAUCAAUAUGAAGAACCUCGUGUGUCAACGUGGUUUCCGGUUUCACGCACUAUUUACGACUACCCUCAAGGUGUCCGUCAUAUCCUCUUUGAACACAAAAGGCACAUGGAAGGCUGUCAUCCCAACUUCCAUAAGUACAUCUUCCCAGAGCAAGGCCCAAGUGAAGACGGGGAGCCAUCCUGGCGUAGGAUGAGGGUGUUGCAAAGCAGCAUCACACUUCACCCACCACCAAAGGCAGUAGAGGAUGGCUAUUACAUUCCCUCAAUGAGGCCCUUCCUGCAGGCCUAA